AUGCAGGAAAAGAUUUAUCUUACUUGGACUUUUGUGGAGUUUGAGCUGAUCUUCUUUGGGAAGCCACUUUCCAUACCAUAUUCUGCGAAGAAAUUGGAUGACUUUGGAGGUACUACAUGGCCAGCACGCGAACCUCCAGAGCUUGUCUCAGUAGGGGCUCUUGGAGAUAAAGAAGCCUCAGGAGUCACAGUUUUGGGAGCAGCAGUUUCCUUUGGGACAUCGUUUAGAGAACUUCCCUUUGGAUCUUCAUUGAAGUUAAUAUCAGAAAAUCCAUUAGGUUUUGAUGACUGUGAAGCAACGGGGGAGGAAGGCAAGCCAGCAUCCUCUGCAUUGCUUUUAGCAACUUCUUUCGACAGUAAUUGUCGGUACAACUCAGCAGCUCUUGAGUUUAAGAACUCGCUCAGCAGAAUGAAAACUACAAGCCGAGAUCAGGCUACUUAA